CCUGGCAUGCCCAUCACAAUUGGAAAGCCUUUUGCCAACAAUUCCUACUACCUGCUGGACGAACAUCUUCAGCAUGUUCCGGUUGGUGGAACUGGUCAGCUCUACGUUGGCGGCAUUGGUGUCUCGCUUGGAUACAUCGGAAACGCCGGCCUGACGGCCAAGAAGUUCUUGCCAGAUCCAUUCAGCAAUGAAGCCGGGGCCAGGAUGUACGCCACCGGUGAUUUUGUCCGACGUCUCGACAAUAACGAUUUCGAAUUUGCGGGCAGAACUGACGAGCAAGUGAAGAUCAAUGGAUACCGAGUCGGGCUCAACGAAAUCACUACCUCGCUUCUUCGGGGGGCCGGCGUCGAGCUAGCUGCAGCAUUCGUCCACGAAAAUGUUCUGAUUGGAUGUGUGAGCCCUUCUAACGUCGACUUGGCAGCCAUCAAGAAGACUUUGAUAGGGUUCCUACCACACUAUGCAAUUCCUGGCAAAAUCUUUGCCAUUGACGAGUUCCCACAAACCUUCAACGGGAAAGCCGAC